UAUUGCCUGACGAUCUCUCUUCAGAUUAGAUUUAAGCGAUUUACGAGAGGGGCCUUUUCCUGUUCCGGCUCUAGCGGCGGUUGAUUGGCCUGCUACCCUUACCCCAGCUCUCAGACGUCACGCGCAUACGCGAGGGACCUCGGGAGGAUGAGCUCGCCAACCCUACCCGCACCUUUUCGCUCCAGCGAACAUGCCAAAGGCCGGGCCAUUGUGCGAACUUCGCCUGACACCUUGGGCCUGGCUUGCGGGCGAUCAGGUAACAGUUACGGUAGCGGUAGCGUCGGAGCAGAGUGCGGAGCGGGCAGCUACGGCACUGGCGAGGCGAGAGCGAAAUUGUCCUAUCGAGGACCCCGAGCUAUAGACGCGUUGCCGUGGAGAAGAAGUUCGUUCCGCCCCGUUGCAAUCGUGCUAUAGCCUCUAUGUAUGGAGAAAACAGGUAUACUGAGUCAGGAGGAAAGAAAAGAGGGGUCCUGUGAGUGUUCGAGAACGAGCAACCGAACGAUCGAAUACGAGCAAAGCCUUCUCUUUCUUCCAGCGCGAGGGAAAUCCCCUCCGAUGCACACCCACACAAGCCUUCUCUGCCCCCUCUCCGCUUGCCGUUCAAGCACCACAAGAACUCCCUGCCCAGCCAGCUCAUCUUGUCCUUCGUCCAGAACAGCAAGUGAUCAGCUCAUCCGGCUCUGCUUGCCCCAACCCCCCUCAGAGCGCAUGAAGUGCGGAGGGGUAGCUGCGAAGCUACCCCAGAUUCCGCCCAAAGCGGCCCGGACUGCUUGGCCGGAGGACCUGGCAGGCUGGACCCUUGGUCUGGGCGUGCGGCCGACGGGCCUGAGCGCCGGCCGGAGCAUGAAGUGGCCUGUGUGGGGAGCCAGUGUGUGCGUGAUGAGGGGAGUGUGCCCAUGUGGGUGGUGCAAGUUUCGGUUUGGCGAAGGGGGAAGGGGCUGGGGUGACGUGCAGAGGAUUUGGCGACGAGGUGAGCUGCUUCUGGUUGGGGGGCAGGUGAGGUACAUUCUGUAGGUAGAAUUGUCGCCGAAGUUGGACUGUGGCGACAAAGAGGCUAUGGUAGGGCUGUAGAAGACGGCGGAAAGAACGGUGCCUGAACGCCACAGAUCG